UGGUCGCCGACAAGACGGAAGUGUCUACUCCGAGGCCUUCCAAGGCUCCUCUUUCUCUCGUGGAGGAACUACUCUCGAUGGUGGCACGGUCACCUGACAGGAGUGGGCGGGAACCCGCGAACAAGGCCGAGAGGUGUGGGAGCUCGGCUACGUGCGGGAGAGUAACAUGUCUCUGGAAGAUCCUUUUUUUGUAGUCCGAGGUGAGGUGCAGAAGGCGGUGAACACUGCCCGCGGACUGUACCAGCGCUGGUGCGAGCUCCUGCAGGAGGGCGCGGCGGUCGGACGCGAGGAGCUGGACUGGACGACUAAUGAACUGCGGAACAGCCUGCGCAGCAUCGAGUGGGAUCUUGAGGACCUGGAGGAAACCAUCGGCAUAGUGGAAGCCAACCCAGGCAAGUUCAAGCUUCCCUCCGGAGACUUGCAGGAGAGAAAGGUGUUUGUGGAACGGAUGCGGGAGGCAGUUCAGGAAAUGAGGGACCAUAUGGUCAGCCCAGCAGCCAUGGCCUUUAUGGAGAAGAAAAACAGACAGAUGCUGGUGGGCAAGCCAGUUGCCCAGAAGUCAUCAAGCAACCUGCUAGAUGACAGCAUGGUCUCUGCCACCUCUCGCUACAUCGAGGAGCAGCAGGUCACACAGCAGGUUUGUGUGGGUGGCUGGGGCCGCAGGCUAGAGAAGCCUGUGGACCGCUCAGGAGUUCCUGCCAACAGCAGCUCCCACUCCUCCAAUCUGCAGCUGAUCAUGGAUCAACAGGACCAGCAGCUGGAAAUGGUGUCAGGAAGCAUUCGGGUUCUGAAACACAUGUCCAGCCAAGUCGGGGAGGAGCUGGAUGAACAGGGAGUCAUGCUAGACGCCUUUGCUCACGAGAUGGAUCACACUCAAUCUCGGAUGGAUGGGGUCCUCCGGAAGAUGGCCAAAGUAUCCCACAUGACCAGUGAUCGCCGACAGUGGUGUGCCAUUAUGGUGCUGCUGGGGGUGCUUCUCCUGGUUAUCACCUUGCUCUUCUCUCUCUGACUCUGGUCCUCCCCUGGGGGCUGGCCCCUGGUGCUAGGAGAGCUGGCAAAACCCUGCCACCUGGGAGGAGGGGAGCUGUCCCAAGGCUCUCAUCCCGAGCCAGUGGGACCCUCAAAGCCCUGGGCCAGCAACCGCAACAACAGUCCUGUAUCAAGUGCUCUUAGAGGGUGUGGAGGUAGGAGAAUCAUAGAUAUGCCCUUCCCCAUUUCCACUUCUGGUGCCCCCGAGUCACUUUUUUAGCCCUUGUGCCUUCUACAUGUGCCAACUUGGAAAUAAAAUCCAUCUUUAUUUAUAUAUAUAUAUAUUUGUAAUAUA